UAAUGCCCUCUAUGUUGGAUAUGUGGAAGAUGACGAAUCCAUAGAAGCUAUAAUGAAAAAAUUCGAAGAAUUAGAACGGAUUAGAGAAGAAAUGGGCAUCACAAAACAAAACGAAUCGAAUUCUGAAUUUGAUUCUCCUGUUAAUUUACAAGAAACUGAAGGCUUAACACAAGAACAACUUGAAGAGGUUUUCAGAAGAACUUCGAGUUUUACGGUUAAAUCUGCCACCUUCGCGCCAAAUCUUGACGAGGUAGACGAUUUAGAUUUUUGGAGGAUUGAAAUGGAAGACGGGAAUACUGCUGAAUAUGAAGAAGAGGAUGAAUAUAUGACUGUUGACAAUGACUUCUGGGACGAAGAGUUUGGUGAAAGAAAACGCAGGAAAAGUGAUAAAUCUGGUUCAAGUCGGAGAUCGGGUUUGGACAGAGAAACUUUGCUACAGAGGUAUAAAGUUAUGCAAGUUAGACUUCAAGAUAGAAAUGGUAAUUUCUUUACGGUCAAGAAGAAAGUAAGUAACAUCGAUCCAAGUCUCCCAACGUAUAUGAGAAUCCCUACGUUACCAAUUCCACGCUCUUGGGCACUUACGAUAUCACCACCAUCGGUUGAGUUGGUCGCUCCAAUUCUUGGAUCAAGAUAUUUUGAAAAAGAUAUAUUAUCAAUGGACUUCACGAAACUCGGUUCUGGAUUCCAAGCAAUAUAUAUUGAUCCUCCGCUCCUCCUACCAGGCGAAGCUCCAUCUCCGGGAAAGAUUUCUAUUCAGCAAUUUGCCAAUCUCAAUUUAACCGUAAUUGUUCCAAAAGGAUUCAUAUUCAUCUGGGUUGAGAAAGAAUAUAUUCCUGAUAUUGUUCAAAUAGCUGAAAAAUGGCAUUUCCGCUAUGUGGAGAAUUUCUGUUGGAUAAAAAAGAAUAUUAACAAUCAAAUAUCGCGUGAAUCAUAUCGAUAUUUUAACAAAUCAAAAUUGUCUCUUUUAAUUUUCCGAAAGGAUGGUGAAAUUGAAUUACGUCAUCAAAGGAAUCCGGAUUGUGUAUUUGACUUUAUAAAACCUCAUACUCCAGAUAUGCUUACGGAAGCCAAGCCACGUGUUAUGUAUGAAAUUAUAGAGACUUUACUACCACAGGCUGUAUUUAGUGAACAAAAUAACAAAGGUGAUAAAUUGUUAGAAUUAUGGGGAAAAAAGGGUGUCCGUCGUCAAGGUUGGACAACUAUCGUUCAACCGGUUUAA